GUUCAACAUAUCUUUCUCAUACUGUUUGCCCUGAGAAUAUAGAGAUGAGAUCACUCGAACGUGCUAUCAUAUCUCCCUUAACAACCCUUUAUUCUUCAACACAAAGCAUUGAUAUUCGUGUUGCAUUGCUUAAAAUUUUUCUUCAUGUUUUGGAGAGGCAUGGAGAAAAGCUGCAUUAUAGCUGGCCAUAUAUUCUUGACGUUCUAAGGUCUGUGGCGCAUGCCGCUGACAAGGAUCUCAUUUCUCUUGGAUUCCAGUGCCUCCGCAUUAUUAUGAAUGAUGGCCUUUCAUCAAUACCUACUAAUUGCCUUCAUGUGUAAGUAAUAAUUUGUUCUCACAACCGUACACCUUAGAUAUAAAACCAUGUUUAAAUUGUUUGGUGGAUUACUUAUUUUAGAUGGUUAACCCCAAUUACAUGAUUAGCACAGUAAACCUAGUUGCAGAAAUAUGAGGCUACUAUAUCCUGAUUAUCAUAAUCAAAGACAGAUUCUUCAUCUUUUGCGCUCACUUUUCAAUGUAAGCUGGUGUAUAAGACAUAAAACAGGGUUAUGUGU